GAGCAAUCGGUGUUAGCUGAGCUCUUUUGCGGAAUGAAGCCAAGUACCCCUGUUCGUUGCCUUUCGGAAUGACCAGCCGAUUCAGACAGCUCCGGAGACGGAACCUUUUCGCAUGAAGCCCGGUUCUGCUACUACUACUACAACAACAUCAUGUCAAGCAAUGACAGUUCUGACGGCCCGCCUUCCACGACAACCGUUAGUUCGGUUCUGGUUCAGGCUGGAGACUGCAAAAUCAUCAUAGCUAUAUUGAAGUGUGGGGAUUGGGUGCAGCUCCAGCUGGCUGAAUCAGUACCAAAUUUGUUAGAAAUCGGCAGCAAUCAAGAAGAGACCAAAAAAUUACUACAAGAUCAUGAACUUCUCCUGGCGAAGCUUAAGCCUUUGGAAGAACAAGUCUGGGACCUGUUACGUGAAGCGGACAAGACUGCAGCUGAAGCCAAAGAUAAAAGCCAGGUGUAUGAUGCUAUGGCAGAAACCAUGGGAGAUGCAUGGGAUUCUCUUGUUAUUGUCCUGGAGAAGCGCAAGGCACUUUUGGAGCUGACUUCUGAUUUUUUUGAAAAUGCGCUGGAGUUUGCAAUCAAAAUUGACCAAGUUGAAGAUUUCCUGCGGAAUUCCCAAGAGUUUGAGAAUCCAGAAUCUCUGAGAGCAAUCCUGCAUCAGCAUGAACAACAUACAAGAGAGCUCUUAGAAAAGUCUCUGGUCCUCUUGAACAAAAGCCACGACCUUACCGAAUUCAUAGAGGAGUUCAAAUCUGACGGGCCGAAUGUGAACCCAGAAUUCGUUCAGGGAGCCCACAGCAGCUGCACGAAAAUUGGCAGCCUCCUUGAAGUCCUGCAGGACAGGAGAAGGCAACUGGACAAAUACCUGAAGCUGCAGCGCCAAGGACUGGAGCAGGUCUUGCAAAUCUGCCAGUGGCAUCACCAGGAAAACCAGAUCACCUCUUGGUACAAGAAGAACAUAAAGGAUUAUUUUCAUAAGCAAAAGCUGGGGUCAUCUUUAAAAGAAAAUGAAGAAUUACUCCAGGAGCACAAGGAAAUGGAAAAUAAGGUUAAAGUAUGGAGCUCCAGUGUGGAAGAUUUGAAAUCAGAGGCUCUCAAGAUUCUGUUUUCAGAAGAGUAUGCUGAAAAAGAGCACCUGAAGCUUUCAAAUCAGAAAAUGAACCUGUUGCAACAGGAAGUGAACCGUUGUAUGGAGGAGCGGAAAACCUUGUUGCAAGAAGCCAAUGAAUUCUUCACUGCAGCAGCGAAGGCGUGUGACGUACUUAGAAAUGUAGAGGCCUCCCUUAAGCUUCUUAACUCUGAAGGAAUAAGCUCGCCUCUCUUGGCAAUAAAACAUGAGGAACUGAAGAAAGAGAUUACAGAAGGAUCAGCUGACGCCUUGCAGAAGGGACAAGCCUUGCUUAGCAAAGGAGAUGCCCACAGUUCUUGGAUGACUGGUGUUCAGGAAAUGGUAAACUGCAUUAACAAAAGAGUAGAUGGGCUGAUCAAACAGUGUACUGCUUACAAGGAACUUGCCUCAGAAAAACAGCACUUAACCACCUCCUUAGACAAUUAUCUCAAAAAGGCCUCUACAAAGAUUAAGAACGUUGGUCCAAUCGUCUCAGCUGCAAUAAAUCCUGGAUCAUCUGUCCCUGAAUCAGAGAAAGUCCUGAACAAAUACUUAGAGCUGGCAAAUCAAACUAAGGAGAUGGCAACUGAACUGGAAUUAGCUGUGAGAAUUUUUAAAGAGAUGGAAGAACUGGAAACCACAGAAGUGGCCGUUUUCUCUAACAAAACUGACCUCCUGAAUGAAGAACUGACAACACUUAACAGAAAUAUUAGCUCAAAACUGGAAAUCCUGAAGCCGUAUGUAGAAUUUUUGAAGUCAUCCGAUGAGGUUGGAGGUGAUGCUCAGAGGCUGAAGGAAUUCUAUAUAACAGAGACGGUGCAAGAAGAUAGUGAAGCUAAAAAUGAGGCUUUGCUACAGUCAGCUGACGACCAGUGGCAGAUGGUUUUAAAUAAGAUUCUUUCCACUCAAGACAUGGGACAUGACUUUCUAAAUUUAGUAAACAUGAUAAACGAGAAUCUAAUACUCAAUGUGGGAAGUGUUGUGCAAGUAACUGAACAUACUAUUGAUAUUCUGAACAAAGAGAAGGAAGAAUUGACACAGCUGUGGGCAACGUGGAAACUUAAUAUGAAUCAAGUGAAAUCCAUCAAGCAGCAGUGUGGGAAAUUUAAUGAACAAUUUAAAUCAACUACCCAAAGCUUAAGCAUUCUUCAAGAGGCACUCAAGUCUACAACAGCACUUGAUCUUGGGAGUAACCUCUCAGUACUUAUAGAACUGCAAAAUAAAUUUAACCAUAUGAAGCCACGGUUUCAGCAACUCAAUGCUGAGGUGGAAUACACAUUAAAGUUAUCAGAGCAGCUGAGCUUGAAAGGCGUGCCUGACAUGGAAAAAUCUGAGAAAGUAAGUGAGCUUAUUCAUCUCCAUAAGGAGAUAAAGGAAAAGAUGGCAGAAUAUGAUGACAUUUUCAACAAGACUAUCAAAUUCCAUCAUGUCAAAGAGGAACUUGAAGGCCUCAUAAAAUCAGGAGGACUGAAGAUCCCUGAAGCGAAAGAUGUGCCCAGCGACACUCCACAUGCUAAGAUUCACUUGAAUAAUGCUCAGGAGAAGCACACACAUAUCAGGCACCUGUACAAAUUGGCGCUCACUCUUGGAAUGGAUAUAAUUUCAGCAGUGCAACAUCCUAAUUCCUUUAAUGUUUCUGUCAAGAACCUGCAGCAGCAGCUCAACACCCUUGAGUCUGACAGCGUGAACUGGGAUUCCAAAGCUGAAAAGUAUGAGGAAGAUUUGUCGCACAUCCUCCACUUCUGCACCACAAAAGACGAGAUACGUGAGCUCAGAGAAUCAUUUAAAGACCUCAAAAAGAAAUUCAAUAACAUGAAAUUCAACUAUAGCAAGAAAACUGAAAAAGCGCGAAAUCUGAAGACUCUGAGAAUUCAGAUUCAGCAAGUUGAUGCGUAUUCUGAAAAAAUGCAGGUACUGAGAAAGAAGACCGAUAAUCUAAAGAAGAAAAUCUUAGAUUCCUUAGCAACUCAGCCUAGUGAUAAAGCUGAGAUACUCUCUGGCUCAAUCAACGAAUUAGAGAAACAGCUGAGUGAAUUUGGCAAGAUUAUGGAGGAUUACAAACAAAAUUUGGAUCUGAUGGAGCAUCUGCAGCAGAUGAUGGAAGAGUGUCUAUUUUGGUGUGAAGAAGCAAGUGCUACAGUAGUUAGAGUUGAGAAAUACUCAUCAGAGUGUAAGACGAGGGAGGCAGUAGAAACACUUUACAAGCAAUUCAACAAGUUUGUUGAGCCGAUAGUCCCUCAGCAAGAGGAAAGAAUUCAGCAGAUUACAAACCUCGCUAAAGACUUAUAUGGUAUUGAAGAUGGAAAGAAAUACAUCGAGAAAAUAGGAGUGAAACACAAAGAAGUUCUUGAUUCUAUCAGUGAACUGUGUAGCUCCUUAACAGAACUUGAAGACAAGCUUGGGGAAGACUCACUAAAGGGGAAAGCACAAAAUUCUGGUAAUUUUGAGGAUGAGCAAGAAGCACAACAGAAACAGAUGACAAGCAAGGAAAAUCUAAAAGAAAAGACAGAUGAACUAAAACAACAGAUGGAGUUGAGCACAUUAGCUGAAAGCCCAGUUGCAACUAAGACUGUGAACACCGUUGCCUCUGCCAACACUAGAAAGGAAGAGAUGAUAUUGGCUGAUAUUUCAGUUGUCUGCUCAGCUGGUGAGGAUUCUGUUUCACGAGACACAGAUCUCCUCUUGUCUUCUGCCAAAGAGGAUAGCUUUCAGGCCGAGCUGCUGGCAGAAGAAGUGCCCUCUGGAGAUGAAUAUGAGUGUAUAUCUCCUGAUGAUAUCUCUCUGCCACCGCUUUCUGAGACACCAGAGUCCAACCUUCUGCAUUCUGAAACAGAGCUAGAAGAGCCACCUUGCUGUAGCUCACGUAGCCUGCAUGUCAGCUCCUAUAGCGUGCAAAUGCAGAUAAAUGCUGGCGGCAAAAGAAUGAUGGAUGAAUGUGAUCCUUUAACCUCCGUCGCUUACGCUGACACGCCUGGUCACAGAAAGGAACACAUGUCAGAUCAGCCAGGGAGUUUUUCUUCCUCUACCCUAAGCUACCACUCAAAACACAAAGCAGAGUCCCCUUUUGCUCACAGUCCGCCAGAAAUGCCUGAGGCCAGUCCCCUCACAUGCAUGCUUAAGGCAGAGCCUGCCUAUUGCAUGACGAGUGAAGUGUGCGAGACCCGUUUGCAACGCCACGAGGUCCACAGAAGCAUGACAGAAGCACAGGGACAAUUGCAUGACGGAAAUAACUUCACUAAAAGCCAAGAUAGGCUGCAUGCUUCACCCAACGCAUUCUCAGAUCUCCUGUUUCAAUCAGACACCACCAGAAGCUGCCAGAGGCAGAUGGUCACCCGAGAAGAGAUUAAAAGUAUAUCUGAAAAGAACAGCAUGGUCAGCCUUUGUGGACAGGCGCCUAACUUCUCCAAGCUUCUGUCUAAUGUAACUGUCAUGGAAGGUUCUCCGGUGACUUUGGAAGUAGAAGUAACAGGAUUCCCAGAGCCAACACUGACCUGGUACAAGAAGGGCCAGAAAGUGACUGGAGAUGAGCACUUAAAAAUCUCACACAAGGACACAAACUAUGCUUUGUUCAUUGAGAAGGUGUGUGACACAGACGCUGGCCUCUAUGUGGUCCGGGCUAAAAAUUCUAGUGGCACGGUCUCCUCAAGUGCCAUUCUCCAUGUGCAAGUACAAGGAGUGCAGCCAAGCUUCAUUAAAAAAUUUAGACAUGCUACUCUUCAAGAAGGAGAUGAUUUAAACCUGCACUGUACAAUAUCUGGAAGACCGAGGCCAAAUGUCAUUUGGACAAAAGAUGGCAUCAGGGUGGCAGCCCGAGGAACGAGUAUUGAGAAAUUAGGGGACACCUAUUACCUUUUAAAAAGAAACGUGGUCCUUGCUGACUCCGGGAAAUAUCUCUGCAUUGCCACUAAUGAAGUCGGGGAGGCCUCUUGCUCAGCUUUCGUAAGAGUAAUAGAGGAGAAUAAAAAUGUUCCUAGUGCAACUGAGACUAAAUCAAAGCAGGAGAGCCGCUAUUCAUCAGGAAAAGUGAAGGCUGAUGCACCUGAAGCAUUACAAGGUCAGGAUUCGUGUUGCUUGAGAGGUCAAAGGCAAACUAAAAACUGUUCCGUGAGAAAAACCAUACAGCUGUCCUUUAAUCACCACCCCAAAGUUCCAUCAAGACUGCAAGCAGAAGAGUUGGAAGAUGUAGCCUGAGUCAUUCAAGCAACAAACAUUAAUGGAGAAAUACAGUACGAGAUGUUAGUUUCAGAAUCACGAGGAUAUUCAGAAAUGGCCUCCCCAGCAAGCUCUUCGUAAUGUUUCCCAAAAUGGUUUUAGAAUUAUCACACAGCAGGUGGCACAGAUUGCGUGGUUAUCUCUUGUGUUCAGAAUACCCAGAAGUUUUAUUUUACGUGAUCGUAAAGACUUUUGAUCAUCAUCAACUCCUGUGAACCUUUCUUUGGGCCCAGUGAGGGCAUAUUCAAAGUUUUUAAAUUUAUUACUUUCUCUUUCCAAAAGGUUCAGGUUGGAGUUGCACUACGUGAUCAUAUUAUUGUCUACAGUAAGUCCACAACUUAUGCAGUGAUUAAGUUCCAGGGAUCGAACUCAAAGCCCAAAUUGUGUUUGGUCAAAACCAAUUUGGCUCAAUGGCUGGCAGGAUUG